AUGAUUCAAACUCAAUACACAUCAUAUACUAAUACAAUCAAACAAUUUGUUUUUGAUAUACAGUAUCCUAAUUCAAAUCUAUUAUCUGAGAUAGUUCAACCAAAUAGAAGAAUACAAGAUAUCUGUUUAAUUGGGAUCAAGAAAAGUGAUUGGAAAGAAAUUGAAAAUGAUAUCUGCAAUUCAGAAUAUACCACUCAUAAAAUUGAAAUGGUUGAGGACGUUUCACAAGACAAUGUAUUGGAGGUGGUAUAUUAUUAUAAACGGCCUCAACGGUAUUACUCAUUUUGUGACAUUAUGAACCAUCGCUCAAAAAAAAAGUAUAGAGAUGAAACUAAAGCAUUAUUAUCUUUGUUUCAAAUAAACAUUCAUUAUAAAUAUCAAACACUAUCAAUAACACAAAAAUAUAUAGUUCAUAUUUGUUGUAUUCUCAUAGGAUAUCCUAAAGUAAUUAUUUUAAAUUAUUUAAAAUAUCCUUGUCAUGAAGUCAUAAGUGGGUUAAAGUACAUUUCCCAUUUUGUACCAACUAUUCUUGUUUUUCCUGAAAUAAAUCAUGAUUAUUUCUUUUGUGACUAUACUAUUUCUGAACAAGAAACAAUUGAAUAUAACUCUCAACUUUAUCAAUUAAAAGAUGAUAUUAUCCAAAUAAUUGAAUCAGUCUAUCCUAUCACAAGCUAUCAUUACUUUGAGGAAUUUUACCUUUGUGUUGUAGAGUGGGGUUAUCAAUUCGUUGAAGUUACUAAAAGAAAGUAUAGAACAGGGUGGAGAUAUCCCAUAAAUAUUAUCCUUCAUCUUUUUCUCUUUACAAUUGGAGGUAUUUCUAUUGGAACAGUAUUUUUAUUAGUAAAUUACAACCAAACAACAUUAAUUCAAAAAGUAAAUGUUCUUUACUUUGCAACUAUUAGUAAAACAUUAUUUACUAUUGACCAAGUUAUUUAUUCAGUAAACAAUAUGAUUCAGAUACGAAAAGAAAAUCAGGUACAUAAGGUUCAUGCUUCAGCUUAUAUUCUUGCAGACUAUAUUUUCAAUCUACCAACAAUGGUAUUAAAUCCAACAUUAUUUGAUAUUGUGUUUUAUCCUUUUGUUGAUUUCCAACCUUCAAUUUGGAGAUUUUUAAAAUAUUGGUUUACAUCUUUAUUGUCAUCUCAAAUAAAUGUCACUAUGAGUGCAUUAAUUGGAUAUAUCAUUAUUAAUAAAAAGAUUGGUACUUUUUUAGAAAUAGCAAUUAUUUAUACCUUAAUGUUAUUUAGUGGAACUAUCAAGAAUUAUUUAAAUCUUCCUAAAUGGCUAAAAUGGAUUUAUACUAUUAGUUAUUAUAGGAUUACACAUAAUAUAUGUUUUAGUAUAUUUUUUGAUGGAGUUGAUUUAUUAUGUGAUGAAGAAGAUAUUCGUUUAAAUAAUUGUAUAUAUCAAAAUGGUGAUGUUUUUCUUAAAAAACUUAGAAUUGACACAGAUAUUCUCAGACAAAUGUUAUUUCUUUUUAUUUGGAUAAUCUGCUUAAGAGUUGGAGCAAUAGUAUUAAUUCGUCUUCACUUAUUCUUAGAUUUCUAUAGUUUUAAUAUCCCAUCAUUUGGAUACUUCUAUUCAACGCGUCUUCAUUAUUUUUUACACUCUUUAAUGAAUAAAUUAACACAUUAA